UGACGCACAAGCGAGGGAGUGAGCGAGGAGCGUGCCGGGCGCCCGGCCAGCAGCGGGCGGUAGCCAUGGCGGAGCAGCUUCCGCUCGUGCUCGGGGCCCCGGGGGCUCUCGCUUCUUGCUGGGCGCUGCGCUGGUCGACCGAUCGAUCACCGAAUGCGGUCUCCUCGAUCCUCGACCCUCGACCCUCGACCCUCUGAGCGAUUCGGCGCAGCCACGGACGAGAGGGAAGAGGGCCGGGGGAGGGGAGGAUGGAUGGCAUGAGGUGAGGUGAGGUGAGGUGAGACGAGAGCGAGAACGAUAGAUUUGAGAGAUCGAUCGAGAGAGAAUCCGGGGCGGGUCACAGGGUGGGGGUGGAUCGAUCAUAUCAUUCGGAGCGCUUAUUCCGCGGGAUUUUCCUGAAUGGGGACGAGUGUUCGGGUAUGGCAGUCUAUCUGAUGCCGAUUGCGCUGCUUGCGAUGGGGCGCGGUCGCUAAAUUCGCCUCCAGCGAGAGCCGAGAGUGGGAGCUCGUGUCGUUGUCCGCUUGCGAAUGGAGAAGACUUUUUGACGCAUUAUGUUUUGUUUAUUCGCUGGCCGAAGGACCCGGGGGAGGAGGUGAUAGGGCAGACGGGGGACCGGACAACUCUCUGUCUUCGAUCGGCAACGGGAGUUCGCAGAUAGAAGACAGAUUCGAAAGAUGCGCGUGCAGGUGCUUGGCGGGCCUAGCAGGAGCAUGGAGUGAUACGCAGGCACCUGCUGCUGCUGCACUCGUCGUUGCUGUGACUACAUCCAAGCGGAAUUCGGUCGCGUUCCUUGUGGAUGCGGUGCGGUCGAGCCCCGCGGCUCUGUCCUGGCUGCAUCCAUAGCAGAAUUGUAUAGAGUUUUGGUUUCUGCGAGACGGAUUCGUCUGGUUUUGGUGGUGGGAUCGGCUUGGGGAUUGUCUGGAAAUUUUUCGAGAGUGGGUGCGGGGCGCAUCUGUUCUCUUCGGGGGAGGUUGAGGUCGCGUGCAGCGAAGAAGAUAUGACAGGUACAGCAGCUGAGGUCAGUGAAACAGCGAGCAAAACCAGCGGUGAAACAAAUUCCGAAUCAACGCAACGUAGAGAAGCAGCGUCGCAAUCUUAUGAAGCAUCGGAGGCGAGUAGGGCCGAUUUAAGAGACGUCGAGCAGGCACUGCAGGAGAGCAAGGGACAGAGGGACCAGAGGAUCCGAAGCCUGUUCGAUCGUUUUGACACGGAGAAGAGUGGAUACUUGGAUCAGAAGCUCAUCAAGGAUGGGUUCCAGACGUUCUCUAUACCUUAUCAGUACAAGUAUGCAGCUGAUCUACUCAACGUUUGCGAUUCCAACCGUGAUGGUCAAGUCGACUUCGACGAGUUCAAAAAGUAUAUGGAUGCCAAGGAAUUGGAACUGUAUCAGAUGUUCCGGGAGAUUGACGUGAAACACAACGGUGUUCUGCAGCUGGAGGAGCUUGGUGAAGCUUUGCUUCGAGCCGGGAUCGAUGUGAGUGACGACGAAUUGCAGUGUUUUGUGGAUCACAUCGACAAAGACAGAAAUGGAGUCAUAUCUUUCGCAGAGUGGCGUGAUUUUUUGCUUCUGUUUCCCCACGAAGUCACAAUGAAGAGCAUUUACCAGUACUGGGAGAAGGUGUGCAUUGUUGACAUAGGCGAACAAGCCGUCAUUCCAGAGGGCAUCAGCAGAUAUUUGCAUGCGUAUAAAUAUCUGCUCGCCGGAGGAGUCGCAGGAGCCAUUUCAAGAACAGCUACUGCCCCCUUAGACCGUCUUAAGGUUCUCCUGCAGGUCCAGAUUGAUACUCCUACAAAGAGGGGAGUGAUCGGUGGAUUGUCGCAAAUGUAUCAACAAGGAGGUGUGCUUGCCUUCUUCCGCGGAAAUGGUAUCAACGUUUUGAAAGUAGCUCCAGAGUCUGCAAUCAAGUUCUACGCCUUUGAGAUGAUGAAGGACUACGUCGUUGGCUUCGACGAAAGCGGAGAUAGGAAUGAAAUUGGACCUUUAGGACGUCUCGUGGCUGGUGGUUGUGCUGGAGCAGUAGCGCAAACAGCAAUUUACCCGAUGGACCUGGUUAAGACCCGGUUACAAACCUUCGCAUGUGAAGCUGGUAAACCUCCGACACUGGCAGCUCUAUCGCGGGACAUUUGGAUCCAUGAAGGCCCCCGUGCAUUUUAUCGGGGCCUCGUUCCAUCUUUGUUAGGAAUGGUUCCUUAUGCCGGCAUCGACUUGGCUGCUUACGAAACGUUGAGAGACUGGACACGUCAAUUCUUGCCAAAGGACACUGAUCCAGGCCCCAUGAUACAACUGACUUGCGGUACAGUUUCUGGAGCCGUAGGUGCCAGCUUUGUGUAUCCCUUGCAACUUGUGAGGACAAGAAUGCAAGCUCAACACCGUGGCUCAGAGGUGCAGUACACGGGCAUGAUUGAUGUCUUUCAGAAAACUUUCAGAAGAGAGGGCUUAAAGGGCUUCUACAAAGGGCUGUUCCCAAACUUAUUGAAAGUUGUACCUGCUGCUAGUAUCACGUACGUGGUUUAUGAGGAGAUGAAGAAGCGGAUGCAUUUGAACUGAUCAUCAAAAGCAGAUACUGUACAUUAAAAUUCACUUUCACAACAAACGGGAAGUACCUGAUCGAAGUAACAAUCAGUUAUUUAUGACGUCGCCCAGACUUCAGACGAGAUUGGAGCUAUUGCACAGAUUGUAGAUCUCGUCGGAAUUGGCGUUUGAUCCAACAGGAGGAUCUAACCAAUGCCCCUCAAAGAAGAGGAUCUUUGGUUUUCGUUCUAAGUUCUUGCUUUUCUUGGUACGCCAGCGACAUUGACCCGAUGAUAGCUUUCCGUUCUGUUGUGUAAGCGCAAUUUCUUGAUACUGGACUAUUAGAGUCCUGUCCAGCUUUCUCAAGGUCAUUCUUUACAAGCAAUGACAGCCAUAGAUUCAUAAUGGUGCGUUAGAAGCACUCAGUGGGAUCUUGAACAAUGCUUCAAUCCAACUGAUCCGGAAGGACAUGCAAUUUUGAUUUUAAAUUAUGUAGAUUAAUAGUUUCAGUCAGGUGAGGAGGAUAAAGAUGACACCAUGAGGAUUAGGGAAAGUGAUGUUUAGCUUGUGGGCCUCAAACCUGUCCACAAAUUUGCUAAUGCCUUUUCAUGCGCUUUCGAUUUAGAAAGCGAAGUUUGAAAUUUCUUCAUGGUACAUUCCAUUGUUUCAGUCUUAGGGAUCUGUCCAGAAUUAUCCACUGCCCGUUUUCUGUGAGUCGAGGUUUUCCUUAUGUUAUACCUUUCUGAUGGCUUGUACUUUGCACAUAAUAGAAAAAAGUAUUGA